CGCGUACACCCACUUUCUUUCCUUAAUCGCCAAAAGAACGCUAUACACCCUACCCACCCCUUCUUCACUCUUCCCCUAUCGAUUCCUCCUUUGUAUUUCCCUGUGAGAAUCCGUUCGGAUGGUACUAAUCCGUACAACAGCUGGCCCUUAUCCAUGGAGGAAUUUCGAAUUUUCUCAGGAUUCACGAGCAGAAUUUUUCAUCAAAAGAAAGGAGUUUUUCAGAUAGCCACUCCAAGUUUAAGAAUUUUUAGAAGAGCGUUUUCUUCUUCGGUUGUUUCUAGCUUCUGAAGUUUCACUGUCAAGCUGGUCGUUCCUAGUGGCUUCUCCAAAAAGGGAUUUGGAUGAAACCUCGUCAAGUACUAGUGUCCAAUUUUCAAUUCAAGGUAAAUAUAAGGGUCUCUUAGGCUAUUUGGUCAGAAAAAAGGGAAAAAAGUCAAUGACUAAAAACCUCCACUUUCUUAUUUCCAUUUUCCAAUCAAAUCAUUUAUUUCAUUCUCAAAUUAUGUUUCAACUUCAAUUACUCCUCUCAAUUCUCACUUUGUCCUUUGCUGCCCAAUCAUAUUCUUCCACGUCGCAAUUCUCUAUUCUCCAAUCCAAUCAUCACCCUAAAUCCAACCUCUUAUCCAUCUCUGUCACUGAGUUUGGUGCUGUCGGCGAUGGCGUCAAAUACGACACCAUUCCGAUCCAGAAAGCUAUAGAUGCAUGCUCGACCAUCGUAUCCAAACAUCGUUGUCCAUGCCACGUUAUCUUCCCCCCGGGAAAGUACCUAACGGCAACAGUAUUCGUGAAAUCAGGCGUCGUAUUGGAUAUUCACCAGAAGGCAACAAUUUUGGGAGGAUCAAAGUUAGAGGAUUACCCGAAGGAGCAGAGCAGGUGGUAUGUGGUACUGGCGGAGGAUGCAGUGGAUGUUGGGAUCAUCGGAGGAGGAGAAAUCAAUGGACAGGGAUUGAAGUUUGUAGAGAGAUUUGAUGACAAGAAGAAUGUGAUGGUAAGCUGGAACCAUACUGGAGCUUGCCUUGGAGAUGAGUGUAGGCCGAGGUUGGUAGGGUUCAUCAGCUGCCGGAAUAUUAAAGUCUCCGAUGUUAGACUCAUUGAACCUGCUUAUUGGUGUUUGCAUGUUGUACGAAGUGAUAAGACAUCAAUCUGUGAUGUAACCAUAUAUGGGAACUUCAAUUCACCCAACAACGAUGGUAUAGACAUAGAGGACUCUAACAAUACAGUUAUCACUAGAUGCAACAUCAACACAGGAGACGAUGCUAUCUGUCCAAAGUCAUCAAAUGGACCUGUCUACAACCUCACAGCAACAGAUUGCUGGAUUCGAACAAAAUCUUCUGCCAUCAAACUUGGAAGCGCUAGCUUUUACACGUUCAAAAAUUUCUUGUUUGACAACAUUACAAUUGUUGAAUCUCAUAGAGGCCUCGCUCUACAAAUUCGAGAUGGAGGAAAUGUUAGUGACAUGAUCUUCUCAAACAUAAACAUCAGCACAAGAUACUACCACCCAUCAUGGUGGGGAAGAGCAGAGCCUAUCUAUGUGACAACCUGUCCAAGGGAUGCUAGUUCAAAAGCAGGUUCAAUUUCCAAUUUGCUAUUUGUGAACAUCACAGCAACUUCUGAAAACGGCAUCUUCUUAUCGGGGUCGGGAGGUGGAGUCCUGAGCAAUCUAAAGUUCUUAAACAUGAACCUGACGUACAAGAGAUGGACACAGUUCCCAGAUGGGUUGGUAGAUUACAGGCCAGGAUGCCAAGAACUUGUAAAGCACCAACUUGCGGGAUUCAUGAUGGAGCAUAUUGAUGGUCUGGUUGUUGAAGAUGUAGUCAUGAAAUGGUCUAGUGAUGAAUCAAUGAGAUGGAAUAAUCCAUUGGAUUUCAGGCCAUCUACUGUAAAUAGUAUUUCUUUGCUCAAUUUCUACUCCAGAUCCUACCAAGAACAGUAAGGAUGAGGGGAUAAACAGGAAGCUGCAAGUAAAAAAGAAUUGUUCUAUAGAAAAAUAAAGCUGCAAAUAUGUGCUCAUGAUGAAUGCAAAGCGAUGUUGAUUUGAGCUCGUCCCAGUUGAGCGCCCAUUCUAUGUUUCCCCAUGGCUGAUUUGACCAAAGUUGUUAACCAAUUCUGUUACCUAUUCGGAAUGGUUACCUUUUAGCUACUCUGUUUUGCUUUCUCGGAUGAUCUACGAAUAUUGGUGAUUGUAACGAAUGUUACACCAGUGUGCCAUAAAGAUAUUUUACCUAAUA